AUGAUAUUACGACGACGCGUCUGGUUCCCUUUCGUCAUCGCGUCCCUUAUCCUCUUUUUCUACUAUUCCUGGAUCACUCAGGAUGGCUACGGGUUAACUAGCUCUAGAAGCGCGUCUCAAAAUCCUCUGUCUAUCGCAAAGGCUAUAGAAGAUGAUAACUAUUUCUGGCGGAAAGUGACCACGCAUUAUCCCGUCCAGGAUAUAAGACAGUUGCCAACCGGCAAGCCACGUACACUUCCUAAGAUUCAAAAAGUAUUUGGGAAAGAAUCAAGUAAAGAUGCGAAUAUUCGUCGGGGACGGCAAGAUACCAUUAAGAAGGCGUUCGCCCGUUGCUGGAAGUCUUAUAGAUCUAGGGCCUUUAAGAGCGAUGAGCUGGCUCCUAUCAGCGGCAAAUCCAAAGAGUUGUUUGGAGGCUGGGGGGCCACAUUGGUCGACAGCUUAGAUACCCUAUGGAUUAUGUCGAUGCGGUCCGAGUUUGAGGAGGCUGUAAACGCUGCGGUUAACAUUGACUUUACGACCUGUGUGAUUGAGACUGUAAAUGCUUUCGAAACUGCAAUUCGCUAUCUGGGAGGUUUUCUUGCAGCCUAUGACUUAAGCGGCGACCUACGAUUGCUACGCAAGGCUAGAGAAGUUGGAGAUAUGCUAUACAAGGCGUUUGAUACGCCUAAUCGUAUGCCGAUAUCUCGUUGGGACUUCGAGAAUGCUAAGAAAGGAGGGAAACAGGUUGCACCCGAAAUGGAAUGGCUUGCUGAGGUCGGUUCGUUCAGCAUGGAGUUUACGCGUCUAUCUAUGCUGACUGGGGACCCGAAAUGGUAUGAUGCUGCCGACAGAAUCAGAAAGGCUCUCGAAGAGCAGCAGAGCACCACUCAGCUCCCUGGCAUGUGGCCGUUCGCGCUUAAUCCUCGAGAUGUGAAUUUCAACAGCGAUACCACGUUUGGGCUCGGGGCUCUCGCAGACAGCACUUAUGAGUAUCUGCCGAAGAUGUACGCUAUGACGGGUGGACUUAUGCCUUCAUACCAGUCUAUGUACGAGAACUCGAUGAAAACCGCUCUUAAGCAUCUUCUCUUCCGGCCCAUGGUUCCGGAUACCGCGGACAUUCUGAUAUCAGGUACCGUGCAUAUAGGGAGUAAAGACGGGAAGAAAGCCCUAAACUUAGAGCACCAAGGCCAGCAUCUAGUCUGCUUCGCUGGCGGGAUGCUCGCAGUCGGCGGAAAGCUAUUCGAGAAACCGGAACAUCUAGAAGCGGCCACGAAGUUGGUGGACGGGUGUAUUUGGACGUACAAUGCGAUGCCGCUUGGAAUAAUGCCUGAGACCUUCGUCAUGGAACCUUGCAAGUCAGACAAGGAAUGUGAAUGGGAUGAGUUGGUGUGGAAACGCGCUGUUCUGCGGGAGGCUGGUGAGCAGGAUCUGGAUAACAUGGAAAAGGCGGACGAGAUAAUUGCUCAGUCCAGACUUCCGAAGGGGUUCACGAAGAUCGCCGACUCAAGUUAUCUCCUACGGCCGGAAGCCAUAGAGAGCGUGUUUAUUCUAUAUCGAGCCACCGGUCGCCCAGACCUACUUGAGUCGGCCUGGGUUAUGUUCGAUUCUAUCCAGAUGAAUACCAAGACGUCGUUCGCGAAUGCGGCUCUAGGGGAUGUCACGGUUCAUGGCGAUCCUCCGAAAAUGGACUCUAUGGAAAGUUUUUGGAUGGGUGAAACUUUGAAAUAUUUCUAUUUGAUCUUCAGUGAGCCCGAUCUCAUUAAUUUGGACGAAUGGGUUUUCAACACGGAGGCCCAUCCAUUUAAAAGAUUAGUCUAG